UUAGUUGUUUGCUAUUAUUAAUGAAUAUGUGUAUGUAUUAAAGCUCUCCGUUGAGGUUUGGAGUAAAUAGAUCAGUCUCUUGUCAUCAGCACUUUGUGUAAUCUCUGGAUUUGCGUAGCUCUUCACCCCAUUGCCUGCUGGAGAUUCCCUAUACCUCCCCCACCACUACUGACAAUCUGGGCAAACCCCCCAGCUUUCGUCACGCGAAUGAUCACGGCCCAGUUACCACGGAGACCCAGCUGACAGGUGCUACAUUGGUGGACAGUUCUGCAGUCUCUGACCUGCUGAUCUAUGUACCUCAGCCAACCGUGAGAUCAGGAAGUCAAGAUGAAAUGGCUGUAACCAGGUCUCAAGGUAACGCAGGUGGGCAGGAAGGACGUGGGGCCAUGGCCCCACUUUGGAGGUCCAUGCUGUCCAAAAGUAGCCCCCUGUACCGUGACUCGCUCUUCUCCUUCUCUCUGUGGGAAUUGCAGGUGCAGAAGAGAGAGUUGGCCAUUCUCAAGAAGCAGACAGAAAGGGAAAAAAAAGCCCUGCACAGGGAGUUGGAGAAGCUGAGUAAGGAGCUACAACAGAAAAACAAACUCAUCGAGUCGCUAUGUUCUAAACUCGACCAGCAACAACCACGAUCAGAAACGCCUGCUAGCAGCCAGGCGCUGUCAGAGGCCACAGACCAAUCAGACAGGACUUCUUUUAUGUCAGAUGACCCUGGCUCAAACAAUGAGGAUCUGGAGAUGUGCUCCGAACUAGAUGCUGCCAGUGAAUAUGGCAGAGAGCACGCUACAAGAAGUGUCACAGACUCACAAAGUCGUAGAAGCCCAGCCUCAUUACGUCCAUCCAACCCUCCAUCCAUUACAUCCUCUCUCAGCAAUCAGUCCUCCAACACCUGUCCCAGCAUACACUGUACACCUCACAGACCAUUGAAAACCCAAGCACAGACAGGCCUCUCUGCUGGUCCUAUGUCCAGCUCCCUUUCCUUCUCCACCUCCCCCUACUGUCUCCUCAACCCCUUAUCUCAAAUGUCCUCUCAACAUUUGUUUGAUUCUAAAACUCAUCCUUUGAGAACCCAUCACCACUAUGGUGGGGGAUUCUCAGUGGCAGAGGUUCACCAAGAGCUUCAAAUGCUCCAGAGACAGCUGGGAAACAGCUAUCAUGGUCCUCAAGUCCAACCUCUGCCUGGAUUUCCACUGGGCUCCCACACUCAGCCAGAUCCUAUCGGCUUACACCCUCUACCCCAUCAUGCCUUUGAACAGUCACCUCUAAGCAGCCAACACGCUAGUCCUUCUAUGAAAUCAGGGGUGAGCAUCCUGGAGAGCAGUGCAAUGUGGGAUAUUAAGUGUGGCCCGAAACCGUUAAGACCAGGCCCGUAUGGAGAUGUGUGCUCUGGUUCUUCAGGAUAUAAGUCAUGCCAUACAGGUGCCGACUUGAUGGAGGAGCACCUUAGGGAGAUUCGGACUCUCAGACAGCGUCUAGAAGACUCUAUCCGGACCAACGACCGUCUGAGAAAACAGCUGGAGGAGAAACUGGCCUCUUCUGCACAAAAUGGAGCUGGUGGAGCACCCACUAACAUCUACAUCCAGGGGCUUGAUUCAGUUGGUCAGCUGUCCAGUGAGAUUCGAGUGCUGAAAGAGGACAAUCACGCCCUACAGAACCAACUCCAGCAGGCCAGGACAGAUGGCAGUAAGGAGAUAGAUCGGCUGAGAGAAGCGGUUCUGUCUGGGCGUGGCCAGUUGAAGCAGGCUGAGCUAGAGGCGGACAGGUGCGCAGAUCAAUGCAGAAGACUGCAGGCUAAAAUCAGAGAACAGGAUCAGGCAAUACUGCAGCUCAAACAAGAGAGACAGAAUAGCCUGGACAACAACACCAGGCUACAGCAUGAAGUAAUUGUUCUCCAGCAGCAGUUAUGUGAGAGUCAGCGACUAGUGCAUACUCUGCAGUGUGAACUACAAGUGUACCAGAGAGUCUGUGGUACUACUGAGAGCAGCACAGGCUCAGGGUUGAGUUUGACCUUCGACCUACGAGAGUCUAACAUACAUUUGUUGGAGCAGCAGUUGAGAGAGAGGCUGGACCAGUGUAUGCCCCACCCCUCAGCCAGGAAACAGCUCUUCCAUGACCAGUCUCCAUCUCCUCCCGUACGAGAUACAGGGUUCUCCAGCCCUGCUUCACCAGCCGUGGAACUAGAUAACCAGAAGUAUUUUGCUAGUGACCCAUCUAAGCCUGUCUCUGAAGGUCUAGAUGGUGAGGCCCCUGAGGGCUCCUUUGCCUGCAGAACUGGACGUCAUGUGAUUGGCCAUGUGGAUGAUUUCAGGGCUUUACAACAGCAGCUACUGGAAGGGAAGGUGGUUAUCCGCAAGAUGGAGACAGCACUGCAAUCCAUCACAGAACAUGACCUACCGGAGGACUAUAUGAGGAACUUGAUCACCAGCACUAAAACAUUGAAGCAGAUUCUGGAGGAGACAUGCUCUCUCUUAAGAAUGUUCUGGAGGGCAGCUCUGCCCAGCAGUGAUGCCUCUGCCCAGCAGUUUAAAAAGGAGCAGUCUCUGAGAAAGGAGGUUGUCUCACUUAGGUGUAAGCUGUCCGAACAAGAGCAGCUUCUCAGGCACACUGUAGAGAACCUGAGGGCCUCCAGUCGCACUAAAGACAGCAUGGAGCAAUUCAUUGUCAGUCAACUCUCAAGAACACGAGAUGUGCUGAAACAGGCUCGCUCAAAUCUAGAGAACAAUGAACUCAAGAUUGCCUCUCUAGGCUGCACCCCUGUUCCUUCAUCCUUCUAUUCCUUCUCCGCCACUCCUUCUUGGUCUACUAGAGGUGAGGUCACAGGAGUCUCGAUCAAACAUGCCCCCUCUCUUGGUUGGAAUAUCAUGACCCCUAACGCUCAGGAUCAGCACAAAAUGAGGAGCGAUAGACAGCGCCUUCUAGAGGUGUCCUGCAGAACAGACUCAAGACUUGGUGUUGCCGUGUCCUCCUGAGGUUUUAGAUUAAUUCACCCUAAAAAACACAAGGGAUAUCCAGAAUUAUUUUAAUGUUACACUGUUCUCAGAGAGAUGUAUUAUUUGUGUGAUGCAUUCAAGAUAAAGUUAAGAGUGUCCAACUGUAUGUAUGUACUUUAUGUAAUGUGUUGGAAAGCCAAAGCAUUUUACUUUUCAUGCAAAUGAUAUCUCUCAAAGUUAUAGAUGACAUCAAGUAGAUUCAUGUUAUAGACAUUUGAAUUUCAAAUCAAGUCUUUAAACAAAGUAGCAUCUUGUGGGUUUCUGUUUGCUGUUAAGGUUUAUGUCGAACCAGCAACACUAAUAAUGUGCAAUUAUAAUACUACUGUGCUACCAGCCUGACCUUCUACAUGGUUGUGUAACCCCAGGGAUGAGCUAAAGACCGAUGGUGCAAUAACACUUUAAUGAACCUGUUACUAUAGUCUUGAAAUGGGAAUAUCCCAAUAAGAGAUAUUUUAUGUUACUGCCAAAGUAUGAGUCUGUUGCUUUUUAUGUGCUAACUUUCUACAGUAUUUUGACCAUGUCAUCAUAAUGGGUGUGUGUGUGUGGGGGGUUCUUUAACUUUUUUCUUUUUUUAAAUUACCUUUGGGUUUUGGUCCAAAACAAGUCCGUGUUUUAUAUUUUAAUUUGCUGUAUCAGCUUUUCCUGAUGGACCAGUUUACUUUUGUUCUUGUUUCUUUUCCCUUUUUUAUAUUCUUUUAAUUAAUUUUUUCUUUCUCCUUUUUUAGUAUUCCUUUUAUUUUUUCUAUUUCCUUUUCUUUUAUUGGUCCUUUUCUUUUUAUUAUUGACAUGCAAAGUCUUUUAAUUAGUUUUCAUGAGAUAAAAAAGAAUCACUUGAAUGCCACAAUAUCUCACUACUGCAUUAAAUUAUAAUUUUGUUAGACAUUGCAGACAGUUUUGCAGAAUCUGUUGAUUUGUUCUAACUGUAUGUGGGGUUGAAAGAUCACAUUGUGAAAAACUUAAAGGCUAUCACAUGCAGUAUUUCGGUAGUUCACAACAAUGCAAUAUGUCCUGGGGAUUCUGAUCUGGUGCCAUGAUGUUUUGCUCUGUAUAUGAUGUGUUCAUGAGCUCUUUAUGAGAAGCUUGUUUAUGGCUAUCAAUAGGUCAGGCAUGCUACAACAAAAAAUGUAUGUUGACAAAGGAGAACACAAAAAUAAGUGUGGGGUUUGGCUAAUUUAAGUCAAUCUUGCACUUUCUCUGUCUUUUUGACAAUACAUUUUAUUACAUUUUUCUUUUCAUUUUCAGUUGUUUUAAGAUAUAGGCAGCAAUACAAUUUGUUUCGAAAUUUCUCAUUUUAAAGUAAUGUAAAUUGAGUAAUGCGUGUGCAUUUCAAGAAAAGGUAUGCAACAGAAAAUUCGAAACUAAAACUAAAAAAGGGAAAAUAUAAUAAAAAGGCAAUUUAUACACAUAAGAUUCAUUGCAUAUUUUUCAACUUUGCUGGAUAAUUUAUCACUCUUCUUUACGUCAUGCAUCUCAUUGACUAAACUUCUCUGUAGCUCACAAUUACUUCAAUAUACUGUAUUAACCUCCUUAGUCUUAAAGAUAAAUAUUCUUCAUUAAUUUUUGCUCCACAUUAAUUUGGCUUUAUCAGAUUACUACUUCAUCUUAAUGUCUCUGGAACAGCAGAUGGCACAAACAUUCACUCCACAUUAAGUUUUAUCACCAGAGUAACAUAUUACUGUACAGGGAUAGUUUUCUCAUUAUUUGCUCACCCUCAUGUCAUCCUAGAUGUGUAUGACUUAAGACAUUCUUCUGCUGAACACAAAGAUUUUUAGAAGAAUAUCUCAGCUCACAAUGUCCUCUCAAUGCAAGUGAAUGGUGACCAAAACUUUGAAGGUCCAAAAAUCACAUUAAGACAGCACAAAGUUUCAUAGUAAAAAAUUACUUACGUAUUGAUCUAUUUCUCACACACAUAUCACUUCUGAAGAUAUGGAUUUAACAACUGGAGUUGCAUUGUAUGGACCUACAGAGCUGGGAUAUUCUUCCCAUGUUUUUUUUUAUUUUUCUCUCAGAUGGCUGCUUAUGAAGUCUAAUUGAAUCUAAAUACAAUCUGAGACACAAGGAGAAAUUCAGCUCUGGCAUCAAGAGUUAGGAUGUGUAAGUCAGUCAGACAUCUUUCCUCAGGUCUUUAAUCGUUUGUCAUUUGUUAUACAAUAUGUUUAGGGUGGCUUUUUAUUUUGCCCUUCACACUGUAACUUUUCUAUUAUUUUAACAUAUUUAGAAGAAAGCAAACUAUUGUUCUAUAAUAUCUGUAAAAAUGUGCAAUAAAACAGA